GUUUGCUCUCGAUGGAACGUGGUGUGCACAUGGAAGACGGCGCGGUGGGAUCGACGGGACGACGGGCGGCGCUGCCUCGGGAAGCACGAAACAAUAUUGUCACAUACAACGAGGCUCAGUUUUACAUGGAGACGUCGCACAGAAGUCCCAAGCGAGCAAAGCCAACGACACCGCGAGGUAGCACUUCGCUCGCCACGGUUGAACUGGAGGUCGAUUCGGAGAUUCGCAAAGGCAAAUACGACGUUGGCGACUGUGUCGUAGUAUCUCACAACGACGACGAAUACGUUGCCCUUGUAAGCUCUCUGCAAAGCGGCGACGGCAGCCCUGCUUCAGCAGAAUCGACUAGCCACCCGACAAGGUUUACAGGAAUUUGGUACUUCCGCCCCGACGACGUGGCGAAGGAAGCACUGGGAACCGUGGACGGAGGAGUUUUCGAAAAUGAAGUGUUUCUGUCCGUGGAAAAGGACACAAACGGCAUCGAGCACAUCGUGGGCAAGUGUCAAGUCGUGUCCGAGCUGGACAUGCGCGAUCGACAAAACAUCCUUCGUCUCAAUCAGCACCCCGCCGACAAUGAAGAAAUGGUGUUCGUGUGUCGGUACAAGUACGAUAUGAAGAAGCAGACGCUGUCGCCCUUGGAGGACCCGUACGAAGUGCGUCACGGUCUAGGAAGGAACGAGCCUUCCAUCGGCUACGAGUUCCAAGCGGACAACUUGCCACCAUGCACGAAACCUCCUCGAUCUCCCUUCACCGGCACCCACGUCUGGUCCCCCUCCUCCAUGAAUAAUGCUCCGUACGCCUUUAAACAGUUCAUCAAAGCAGUCGAUUCCCUGCGGUAUGGAAUCGGUGCUAUUGUGAAGCUAUACGUUGGAGGCUGCAGUGCCAGGUCGAUUACAACUCCUAUGACCGUCCAUGUUUCCAAGAACAACUCGUUGACCGGUGGCACGGUCUGCCGCGGGAUCGUGUGCAAUGUCGUCGACAAGAAUUCCAUCAUCGUGUGCGCAGCAGCUGCGGGUGGCGUGCCCAUGGAGGUGUUCAAAGAGACGGCGAGCUCGGCCCUCACGGACGACCGAGCAAUGGGAUACUUUCACGAAUGCCGUCGCGACUGUGGGGCGGCCCUGGAGAAGUGCACCACGGCAUUCCGACAGCUUCAGGUAGAAGAGAAAGCGCUAUUCCGACGGGAGCUCCAAGCGCACUUGGCCAAGUCAGUGCAUUGACCGGUGUCAUCUGCUUUCUCUGUUCCAGCGUCAUGGCUUUCGGAGACCCCGUAUUAACAACGUAAAAGACCAAUCUAAGGUGCACGGAUCAUGUUGA